GUACAAAAAUGUUAUGGAACAGUUCAAUCCCGGACUGAGGAAUUUAAUAAAUCUGGGGAAGAAUUAUGAAAAAGCUGUUAACGUUAUGGUAGUGGCUGGAAGAGCAUAUUAUGAUAGCCUUGCAAAGAUUGGGGACAUAUCAGCAGAUUCUCCAGUUUCAAAAGAACUAGGCCAGGUUCUGGUAGAAAUCUCAAGAACACACAAGAAACUUAAUGACAGUCUAGAAGAGAGUUUUAAAAAAUUUCACAAAGAAAUUAUAUCUGAACUGGAGAAGAAAACAGACCUGGAUGUAAAAUAUAUGACUGCAACUUUAAAAAGGUACCAAACAGAACACAGAAGCAAACUGGAUUCUUUAGAGAAGUCUCAGGCUGAGCUGAAAAAAAUCAGAAGGAAAAGCCAAGGAGCACGAAAUGUAACCAAGUAUGAGCAUAAAGAAAUGGAGUAUUUGGAAACUGUGACCUCUCGACAAAGCGAUAUUCAGAGAUUUAUUGCAGAAGGCUGCAGAGAAGCUCUCCUUGAAGAGAAAAGAAGGUUCUGUUUUCUGGUUGACAAGCACUGUAGCUUUACCCAGCACAUGCACUUCUACCAUGUUCAGUGUGCGGACUUCCUAAAAUCCAAACUGCCUGGGUGGGAGGAAAUCUGUAGUGAUGCCACCAAAGUGCCUGAAAAAGUCAGAAUGAUGAUAGAUGAGAUCAGGACCCCUGGAUCCACCCCAGUAUCGGGAACGCCGCAGCCUUCACCGAUGGUAAAGAGAAAUACCCUGAUUGGAAAUGAUUUUUAUCCUCACCAAGAAAAUGCAUCCAAAGUGCCCCCAGCUCCGACAGGCAGGGCAUACACGAGCCCACUCGUGGAUAUGUUCAACAAUCCUGCAACAGCUCCCAAAAAACCUUCUGAAAAACUGAAUCACUCAGCAGAGAAUUCAGAUGAUGCCAGUUUAUCACGUUCAACUUCUGUUGCCACGGGAUUAAAUAUAAUGAAAAGGCAAAAAGUGAAGACUAUCUUCCCACAUACUGCUGGAAGCAACAAGACAUUGCUCAGCUUUGCCCAGGGGGAUAUCAUCACCCUGCUGGUGGCUGAGGAAAAGGAUGGCUGGCUUUAUGGAGAGCAUGACACAACCAGACUAAAAGGAUGGUUUCCAUCAUCAUACACCAGACCACUGGAUGAAUCAGCGGAAGAAAAAGCCUUUGCCCCAGUGCCAAGCCCUGCACCAAUCCGAAGUGUGAGCUCUGUGAACCUUGUGGAGAAAGGAGAAGUUGUCCUCCCACCACCAGACUACCUGGGGGCUGCACAGACAGACAGACGGAUGGAGCCUGCCAAAGGUGCUGCUGUGAAAACUCCGACCGACAGAGUGGAGCAGGCAGGCCCGAAACCUGACAUGAAUGGCAUUAUAAAACCACCUUUUCUAAGUGGAGAAAACCCCUUUGCAACGGUGAAACUCAGACCCACAGUAACAAAUGACAGAUCAGCACCGAUUAUCCGAUGAAUACACAGCUCAGGCAUGUGGGCUUCCUCCUUACCAACACUCAGUUUCAGCAAUGACAAUUACUAUCUCAAGUUGGCCUAAAAAUUUAUUUAAAUGUAAUUACUGUACAAUAGUAAUACUGGAAUGGAGCUCUGAUGUUUUUAAAAGCUAUAGUUUCUAAUGAGUAAUUGCUUUGGGCUAGUGUUUGAGCACUUGGGCUUGACUUUACAGUAUGACUUUUUUUUGUAGUAGGAAUUGUGAAAAUACUGGAGAUAGUUUGGAUACUCUAGUGAAUCAAAAUAAUAAUAGCUCACAGAAUCUUUGGCAUUCAUUACUUGGAAGCUGCAAUGGUAAGUUCUAGAAUAUAAGCCUGCAUAUGCCACCUACUAAAGAAGGUAACAGUGACUUUUUUUUUUCAAACAGAACAAUGUAACAACUGCCUUAUUCCAGAAUAGAAAAUUGCCUGUAUAAAUGAUUAUCUGUUAUUUUGUGUAAGAAAGAUACCUUAGGCUAUAAAUAAAUAUUUAUCCCCUUAAGAAUAGACAACUUGUAAUGCCUUGCUUAAUGUUCACACACAAAUUUCAGGUGUCAACAGAAACUCAUUUUCAGUCUGUUAAACUGUCAACACGUUCUUCAAUGGUAAUUUUGUCUUUAAAAACUAUUGUCAAAUUUUAGUCUGAUAAAAGGUCAUAAUAAAGCAGUGCCAUGAUUUUUUCUCAAAUGCCAGUAUAAAAA